AUGAAAAUUUAUGGUUUUCCUUUCUUUGAUAAAACAAAAAUCCAAAAAUGAUAAAUGUAUUCAACCCAAUCUUCCACUUGUAUACAAAAGGUUAUUUGGGUGUGAGGCUGCCAUCCAUGCCAUAUUUGGUGCUCUGUGCUUCAAAUUCGUGGAAUUCUAGCAUCUAUAAAAGGGAUGGCAAACUUUCUUCAUUUCUUCCUUAUGUUAUGGAAAGUUUGAAUACGGAGUGAUCAAAAAGCUUCUUUCUUCCCUUUCUUCUGGCUACUCGUAUGGAUUUGGAUUGUCUUCGAAGGUGAACAAAUUGUUGAAGAAAUGGAGGUCUUGAAUAGGAGGGUCAAUGUUGGCUCUGGUAAGCCUUGGAGCAGUAGAUGUCACACCGCCAUUAAAGGGGUUGCAGCUGCUGAAACAGAGACGAAAUCUGAAACCCAGACGACCCCUCUCUGUCGUCGUGAUCGAGACCCUAACAUUGACCCCAAGAGACUCAAAAGGAUUCUGGCAAGCAGACAGUACUCACAGAAAUAUCGAAUCAAACAGCUCCAAUAUAUUAUGCAACUAGAAACAGAAGUGAAAGCUCUGCAGGCCGAAGUGGCGAUCAACUCUCCUAGGAUUGAAUAUAGUUCUUGCCAAAAUUUGCUUCUGAGAGCAGAAAACAAUUCAAUGAAGCAAAAACUUUCGGCCUUUUCCAGUGAAAUUAUGUUCAAAGAAGCCCAUUAUGAGGAACUGAAGAAAGAAAGAGACUUGCUGAAGCAGUUCUUAGAGGUUUAUCAACAACAACAACAACUGCCAAAGAUGCUCAAACCCUGGGAAUCAUGAGUUGGCGAAUAUGGGCUCCGGAUGGUGAACCAGAACUUGAACCAACUUGGUGGAGGAGAGUUUGUGGGCAUGAAGAGUUCUCUGAACCCGGAGAACAUAAAAAGCAAAUGGAAAUGCUUGCACACAACAGAUAUUAAAGCAACAAUUUGGACAGAAAACUUACUUGAAAUGGUUUAUAUUUAUUGGUAGAGAAUAAAGUUCAUCAUGUGAUACUUGA